AUGAUAGGGGCCAUGGGCGAAAGCAUCAGCGGGAAUUCUAUUGACAGCGAUCCUUCAGAUGGGAUGCACAAAGUCAUAUAUGAUACCGAUGACAACGGAAUCCCAGAUCACGAGGCCUGGGCAGACGAUGACACCAACGAGCAGAUUGAUCAGAAGAAUCGCACCGUGCCCCAUCAGCUCUCUCUGUUCAUCACCCAACCGCGUUCUCCACCGCGGCGUCCUCGCGAGCCACAUCCCCCUCCUAUCCCAAACACAUACUCUGACGUGCACCGCACUAUUUCGCCGAGCCACAGUCGAGCCACCUCUCCCGUUCCAAAAUCCAAACGUCGCCCGUCCAUCUCGCGACACCAUACCACCAACACGUCCUUUUCUCCGCCCCAAAUGGACGGACUCAUGUCCCGUGUCUUGGCGGAAGAGAAGAAUCAAUACAUUAGUCAUAUGCGGACUCAAGUCAACGAACUUGCGACCGAGUUGAAGGUCCGGACCGAGGCUCUUGAACAGGCGUAUGAGCGCGUUGAGAGUGCCGAUCGACGUACGGUCGAGACUCAUAAAAAGUACUUGGCCGAAGCGAGCGCACGGUCGCAAGCGGAGGCAGAGUGUAGGAGGGCUCAGGAUGAGAACAAGAAGACGCAAAUGCUGGUCGAAAUGUUAAGGGCCGAGCUGAGUCGGGUGAAGAAGGAUGUGGAGACGUUGGAAGCGGCCAAGGCAGAAGCAGAGGGUGCGGCUGGAAGAGCAAGGGCGGUGGCGAAAGAGUUGAAGCAGAGUAUGAAAGCUGAGCGGGCGCGGGAAAGUGGGAUGUCUGAGGGAUGGGUGCCAGAGGACCGUGCUAGGGAGAAAGAAAUGAGAGACGCCAUUGCCGCUGCUGCGAAGGACGCGUACGAGAGAGGGAAGGCCGAAGGAGAGGCUAGUGCUACUAUGAAGGCGCUCGCAGCAUUUGACAAACUCAUGGAAAAUGAUGACUUGGCCGAAUGGGACGACAGUGCCAAGAAGUCUACACGGGAUGAAAUCAAGGGUGUAUCGAGGAAGCCCAGUGCAGAGAGGGCCAAAUCACCCCAGCCGAUUCCACCCAAAAGAAGCUGGAGUAUCAGGAGGGGUAGCAGUUCAAACGCGAACUGA